AUGCAACCACGCACGCUCUCUAGAGAGGAAGAGGCAGAACUGGCUCGGAGCAAGAAGAAGGUGAAGGACUAUCAUCAUGCAGAGUUUAAUGUUGGCUCAAGGGAAAGCUCUCCAGCUCCGGGGCAGCAAAAUACUGGCUCCUUUGCCAAAGCCUCCUUCAAGGAGAAGCUUGUGGGUGAAAUGCCAGGGGCUUAUGUGAAUGCUUUUGACUUUGAGAGUCUUAUGGAGGAGGAUGAGAUCUCUGAUGGUGAGGGUAGCGAGUCUAACAGUCGGAUUCCAGAAGGAUGGGUCACUGUCAAACUGAUGAAGGAAACAAAACGGCGCAUUAGAGGUCCAUUGUCGAAAGCUAUUAUAGUCAAGCUGGUUGGAAGAACAAUCAGCCUCACCUACAUGCGUACCAAGCUUAACCAAAUGUGGAGACCAUCGACUAGGAUGGAUUGUGAGGAUCUUGGGUAUGGAUUUUUUCUGGUUAGAUUUUUUGCCAAGGAAGAUCUAGAUAAUGUCUUAAGGAGAGGGCCAUGGUUCUUGGGUGACCAUUUUCUUUCUAUUAGAGCAUGGGAACCUUUCUUUAAGCCUUCAACGGCGAAUGUCUCCCUCAUUGCAGUUUGGAUUCAUCUAUGUGAACUUCCCUUUAAGCUGUAUGAAGCAGAGGUGCUAAAGCAGAUUGGAGAGUCCAUUGGCAAGGUUCUGAGAAUAGAUUCCCAUACGGCCAUGAAGGCUCGUGGCAAAUAUGCUAGAUUGUGCAUUCAAAUUGAUAUUAAUAAACCUUUGGUGAACACCAUCCUUAUUGGAUGGUUUGAGCAAGCUAUGACCUAUGAGGGCAUACAAAGCUUAUGUUUUUCCUGUGGUAGACUUGGGCACAAGGUGGAAGCAUGCCCCUACACCAUUCGUAAGGGGAAAGAGCAAGUGGUUUCGGAAGAGGAGGUGUUGGCUGGCCGAGAUGCUACAUCAUGUGAGACGUAUGAUAGUCAUUCCGUAACGGUUAAUAGGGAAAGGACUGAGGUGAGAGAAGACACGAAGGUGGAUGGUCAGUAUGGACCGUGGAUGGUGGUGAGUAGAAGGACAAAUGGGCGAAAGGGAACAAAACCAAAUUUCAGUACAGAGCGUACUGGAAUUUCUGGCCGGGCUGGUGCUGCCCAACUACCUCCGAAAAAUCCGGAUUGGAGAGGCACGUCGUCUAAUAGUACUGACCAUUCUCAGAGCAUGCUACGCAGGGGCUCUUUGCAUGGCGCUGGGGACCACACCAAAAGGACGGAAGCAUUCUGGUCACCCAAAAAUUCUGGCCUGGGCCUCAUGGACCAAAUAGAUAACUCCAAAAUGGACCCAACGAGUAGCUCCUUGUUGGCAAAAGAGACCAGUGACUUUCACUCAGGUAUUGGGCCUUCAAAAAGCCUGAAAUCUCAAGCCCAAGCCCCUAAAAAGCACCCCUCCUCUAUUAAAGGGAAAAAAGCCCUCGCCAGAGGAGUACGUCUUUCUUCAUACAUUACCAGCGACGGCAACAAUGGGGAAAAAUUCUCAAAUGCCAAACCCGCAGCCCCAUCUCCUUCCCAUGCCCAUACACGGUCUAAGGAGUCGUCAGCUGGUCUGGAUCCUUCUUUCAAGUUCACGACUUCGUCCUGUGAGAGUUUUGAGUAG